UCCACUCAUUGAACUUAGAGAUAAGUCACAUUCAUCUUUCAUAUUAACGUGAUUUUACGAAGAGGAGGUGAAAGAGGGACAGGGGCUAUUCCAACUCAAACUCCAAAUUACAGUAUGGGGAAAGACACCUGCCGUGAUCAGGCGCGGCUAGCGCGCUAACAUUAGCCGUCAGGGGGAGUUCAAAAGUACAAGCCAGCACAACAAGGCAACAGGACAGAGGAAACCUGGAUUACAAAACUUGAUGGGAAUUUUAUCGUAUUUAACCGGAGACAUUCAACCUUAACGUGUGCUGAUGUGACUUGUUCUGGUGAGAGCGAGCUCUUUUAUCUGGGAUCAUGUCUGUGAACGAGCUCUACUCUAAGUACACCCGGGUUUGGAUCCCUGAUCCAGAAGAGGUCUGGAAGUCAGCAGAAAUCAUCAAGGAUUAUAAGGAGGGAGACUCAGUCCUUCUCCUCAAAUUAGAAGAUGAAUCGACAUUAGAAUAUUCAAUUGGUCCCAAAAACAAUCCGCUUCCAUUUCUUCGGAAUCCUGAUAUUCUGGUUGGAGAGAAUGACCUCACGGCUCUCAGCUACCUCCACGAGCCAGCUGUGCUCCACAAUCUUAAGGUCCGCUUCCUGGAGUCCAAUCACAUUUACACUUACUGUGGGAUUGUUCUGGUUGCUAUCAACCCUUACGAGCAGCUACAGAUCUAUGGAGAAGAAGUCAUCAAUGCAUACAGUGGGCAGAACAUGGGGGACAUGGACCCUCAUAUUUUUGCUGUGGCUGAGGAAGCUUACAAACAGAUGGCCAGAGAUGAGAAGAACCAGUCGAUAAUCGUGAGUGGAGAGUCUGGAGCUGGUAAAACCGUUUCUGCCAAGUACGCCAUGCGCUUCUUCGCCACAGUAGGGGGUUCAGCCAACGACACCAACGUCGAAGAGAAAGUACUGGCCUCUAGCCCCAUUAUGGAGGCCAUUGGAAAUGCAAAAACCACCCGUAAUGACAACAGCAGCCGCUUUGGGAAAUACAUCCAGAUCGGUUUUGAUAAGAGAUAUCACAUCAUCGGUGCCAACAUGCGAACGUAUCUUCUUGAGAAGUCUAGAGUAGUAUUUCAGGCUGAGGAAGAGAGAAACUACCAUAUUUUCUACCAGCUCUGUGCGUCAUCAUCUCUAGAAGAAUUUAAAGAUCUUGUCUUGACCAGCGCAGAAGAUUUCACCUACACUUCUCUUGGUGAAAACAUAUUCAUUGAGGGAGUGAAUGAUGCAGAAGACCUUGUGAAGACAAGAGAGGCUCUCAUGCUGCUUGGUGUGAAAGAGGUUCAUCAAUUGAGCAUCUUUAAGAUUAUUGCCUCCAUCUUGCACCUGGGGAACGUGGAGAUUGUGUCAGAGAGAGAUGGAGAAUCCUGCCAUAUCAAUAGGGAUGACACUCACUUGCAGCAUUUCUGUCGGCUGCUGGGUAUCGAGCAGGAGCAGAUGGAGCACUGGCUCUGCCGCAGGAAGCUGGUGACCACUUCCGAGACUUACGUGAAGAACAUGGCACAUGCCCAGGCAGUCAAUGCCCGAGACGCCCUUGCCAAACACAUCUAUGCCCACCUCUUUGACUGGAUCGUAGAGCAUAUUAAUAAGGCCCUGCACACCUCCACCAAACAACACUCAUUUAUCGGAGUACUGGAUAUCUACGGAUUUGAAACGUUCGAGAUCAACAGCUUUGAGCAGUUCUGUAUUAACUAUGCCAAUGAGAAACUACAGCAGCAGUUCAACUCGCAUGUGUUUAAACUGGAGCAAGAGGAGUAUAUGAAGGAGCAGAUCCCCUGGACACUUAUAGAUUUUUAUGAUAACCAGCCGUGCAUUGACCUCAUUGAAGCCAAGCUCGGUAUCCUGGAUCUUCUCGACGAGGAGUGUAAGGUGCCCAAAGGAACCGAUCAGAACUGGGCCCAAAAGCUGUACAGCCAGCACACACGCAGCGAGCAUUUUGAGAAGCCCAGAAUGUCCAACCGCUCCUUUAUUGUGGUCCACUUUGCAGAUAGGGUUGAGUAUCUUUGUGAUGGCUUCCUGGAGAAGAACAGAGACACUGUCUAUGAGGAGCAGAUAAACAUCCUCAAGGCCAGCCAGUUCCAGUUGGUGGCGGAUCUCUUCCAGGAUGGUAAAGAAGUUGCCAAGCCCUCCAAGGUCAAUGUCCGGGCUGCCAAGCCCAUGCCAAAAGGCCACAACCGUGAGCACAGAAAAACUGUGGGCACCCAGUUCAGGAACUCUCUACAUCUUCUGAUGGAAACACUGAACGCGACCACACCUCAUUAUGUGCGCUGCAUUAAACCCAAUGAUGUAAAGGAAGCUUUUGUAUUUGAUUCUAGAAGAGCUGUUCAGCAACUACGAGCAUGUGGAGUUCUGGAGACCAUCCGUAUCAGUGCCGCCGGAUAUCCAUCCAGAUGGACGUAUCCAGAUUUCUACAGCAGAUAUCGGGUGCUCAUGACAAAGAAGGACUUGACCAAUGGGGAUAAGAAGCAGGUCUGUAAGAACCUGCUGGAAACCUUGAUCAAGGAUCCAGAUAAGUUCCAGUUUGGAAAGACUAAGAUUUUCUUCAGGGCAGGUCAGGUGGCCUAUCUGGAAAAGCUCAGAGCAGAUAAGUUCCGCUACGCCUGCAUUAAGAUCCAGAAGACGGUGCGAGGAUGGCUACAGAGAAAUCGCUACCGUAAGAUCCGCAAGUCUGCCAUCACACUACAGAGAUAUGGCCGGGGUUAUCUGGCACGCAGGUAUGCCGAGAUGCUUCGUCUCACCCGAGCAGCACUUAUAUGUCAGAAACAGUACCGGAUGGUACGAGUUCGGCGGGAGUAUCUAAGAAUCCGUCGGGCUGUGAUCACCAUUCAAGCUUUUACCCGUGGCAUGUUUAUACGCAGGAUAUAUCAAGAGUUCAUGCUCCAUCACAAAGCCAUGAUCAUACAGAAGACUGUCCGUGGCUGGCUCGUGAGGAAGAAGUACCUCCACUCUCGAAAUGCCGCCAUCGUCAUUCAGUGUUUCUACCGCCGCGUGCGUGCCAAGCGCCAACUUAAACAGCUUAAGAUAGAGGCCCGUUCAGCCGAACACUUUAAAAACCUCAACGUCGGAAUGGAGAACAAAAUUGUGCAGCUCCAGAAGAAAAUGGAUGUUAAGUCAAAGGAGUAUAAAACUCAGAAUGAGCAGCUGGUUGUUGCUAAUACUGCUCUGGGCUCUGAAGUCAAUAAACUCCAGAAGGAACUGGAGACCCUUCGCAGUCGGCAAACCGCUGGCUCCUCACUGCAGGACGAGCUUGAGAGGCUGAGGGCUGAGCUCCAGGAAGCCCACACCCAGAGGAAGCAGAUAGAGGAGGAGUUCAACAACGAAAAACAGGGGCUCGAACAGAGGGUGGAGGAGCUGGAGAAAGAGAACAUGCUCUUGAAGAAGGAAAAAGAAGAGAUGAACUGCAAAAUCCAGACCUCCACUCAGGGUCAGGGAGGCGAUGUGUCUCAGAAGGAAAGCCGUCUGCAGUCUGAGCUGGAUGAGGAGAGACUACGCUAUCAGAACCUGCUGAAAGAAUGCUCCAGACUGGAGCAGAGAUAUGAUAACCUGCAGGAGGAGAUGAAGUUCCACCACGGCCAUCGCCGUAACCCCUCCAACCAGAGCAGUGUAGGUUCAGACUCCAACUACCAAUCCAUCAGCAUGUCUGAAGUUGACACUGAUGACACCAUCCAGCAGGUGGAGGAAAUGGGCAUAGAGAAGGCCGCCAUGGACCUCAGUGUGUUCAUGAAGUUGCAGAAGCGGGUGCGAGAGCUGGAGCAGGAGAGGUUGAGGCUGCAGACCAACCUGGAGAAAGUGGAGGAGUUGCGCAAGUGCCAGGGUAGUGAGGCCAACAGUCCCACGUCAGAGGACAUAAACACAGACCUGGCCUACAACAGUCUGAAGAGGCAAGAGCUGGAGUCUGAGAAUAAGAAGUUGAAGAAUGACCUGAAUGAGUUGAGGAAAUCGGUGGCCGACAGGGCCUCCGAGAACAACUCGUCCAGUGAGCUUCAGGAGAGCUACAACCUGCUGCUCAAUCAACUCAAAGCAGCCAGUGAGGAGUUAGAUGUGCGCAAGGAGGAAGUCCUUAUGCUCAAGGCCCAAAUCGUCAACUCCAGAAGCCAGUUAGAUAAUACUAAUCACAUUGAUUCCAACGAUGUAUCGGAAUGGACCGACAACAAAAAGCCCCUGGUGGAUGCUUCAGAGGCAAAUGAGUCAAAGAAGCUGCUGGAGGCUCAGCUGCAGACACAGUCUCGUCAACACCGGGAUGAACUAGAAGCUCUCCACACACAGAUUGAACUGCUGAAGGAUAAUCUAGAGAAGAAGCAGGAGAUGCUGAACCACUUCUCCACACUCUCUCCUGAAGCACUGGUGGAGUUCAGCGUACAGCAGGAGAUCACACGACUCACUAAUGAUAACCUGGAUCUCAAAGAACUUGUGGAGAAGCUGGAGAAGAAUGAGAAGAAGCUGAAGAAGCAGUUGAGAAUCUAUAUGAAGAAAGUGCAGGAGUUGGAAGUGAUUCAGGUAAGUAAAAGCCGGCCAGAACUUACCCGGCAGGUCACUGUACAGAGGAAAGAGAAGGACUUUGAAGGCAUGCUGGAGUACUACAAAGAAGAUGAGGCCUUGCUGGUCAAGAAUUUAGUUACAGACAUGAAGCCCCAUGUUGUGUCAGCCACUGUUCCCUGCCUCCCUGCCUACAUCCUCUUUAUGUGCGUCCGCCAUGCUGACUACAUCAACGACGACCAGAAACUUCACUCACUUCUCACCUCAACCAUCAACGGCAUCAAAAAGAUCCUGAAGAAAAAUAACGAUGACUUUGAGAUGACCUCCUUCUGGCUGGCAAACACCAGUCGACUACUUCACUGUCUGAAGCAGUACAGUGGGGAUGAGGCUUUUAUGACUCAGAACUCUGCCAAGCAGAAUGAGCACUGCCUGAAGAACUUUGACCUGGCGGAGUAUCGACAGGUUCUGAGUGACCUUUCCAUCCAGAUCUAUCAGCAGCUUGUCAGAGUGGCAGAGGGCAUCAUGCAACCCAUGAUUGUGUCUGCAAUGCUUGAGAGUGAGAGCAUCCCCAGUCUGGCCGGUGUGAAGCCUAUGGGUUACAGGAACCGCUCGUCUAGUUUUGACUGUGAGGCUGGGGGUCCAGUGGGCUAUACGCUGGAGGCCUUGAUCAGGCAGCUGGGACAGUUCUACACCACCAUGGCAGAUCAUGGCCUGGACCCUGAGAUCGGCCAGCAGGUGGUUCGGCAGCUCUUUUACUCCAUUAAUGCGGUGACUCUCAACAACCUGCUGCUGCGCAAAGAUGUUUGCUCCUGGAGUACUGGCAUGCAGCUCAGAUACAACAUCAGUCAGUUGGAGGAAUGGCUGAGGGGAAAGAAUCUGCACCAGGGUGGCGCUAUAGCUACCAUGGAGCCACUUAUCCAGGCCGCCCAACUGUUGCAAGUUAAGAAGAAGACGUCCCAAGAUGCUGAGGCCAUUUGCUCACUCUGUACUGCUCUCAGUUUGCAGCAGAUUGUGAAGAUUCUGAACCUGUACACACCACUAAAUGAGUUUGAGGAGAGAGUCACUGUGUCUUUCAUCAGGGACAUACAGAAUCGCCUCCAAGAUCGGAUAGAAAACAACCAACUCCUGGUGGACACCAAGUACACUUUCCCCGUUCUCUUCCCCUACACCCCCUCAGCGCUCAGUCUGGAGACCAUACACAUCCCUGCAUCCCUCAGCCUGGACUUCCUCACACGGGUCUGAGGUCUCAAUCUCUCUGUUUCACUCUAAAUACUACUGAGUCAGACCUGCGACCUGCAGAGAGAAGCUCAGGCCUACCGCAGAUCUGCUGACCCACCUACUAACAUCUCCAUCUUAUUAUGGACAAUCUCCCUGAACAACUUACUGUGGUGUCGAGACGCUGUAGUUUCAGUGUGUUCAGUGAGGGACCGAGUCAGGAUGGCGCAUGCAUGGUGUACAUAAGCUGUCUGCUUUUUGACUUUACUUGUAUAACACUCAACUCUGGUUUUCUCAGGGGUCAAUUUAAUACAACCGGGUUAAUACAAGCAAAGCCACAGGCCAUUCUUGAGAGACAGAAAAAAAAGAAGUUAAAACACUAUAUUUGGACUGGGAUGUCUUUCACUAAUACUUAUAAUUACAUAACUUCAAUCUAAAUGAUUAUAUGAGGGGUUUGGGCUACUGAUAAAACACUAAUGCAGGACUUAUGUGCCAGCACAUUUAUUUAUCUGUAUUAGUAUGCACUGAUUUGUGUAUUUUAUUCCCUUUUGCUUGUGUCGGAGCACACUCUCGUCUCAUUCACAGUGAUUUUUCUUUCCUUAGCAAAAGGAAGCAGAAGAAAUCUCUGCAUUGCAGGGAAUCAGUCUUUCCAAACAGGCUCUUUUUACAUUUUUUCUGUUCUUUUGGAGACACAAAUUCAGAGACAUUGGGAUCUGAAUUGGUCAGAGCCACCAAAGCAGGUCCGAUAUGCUCUUCUGAUGGACAGUGGCAAGUUAAAGUAUGUGGAGCAGAGGACGUCUGUUGUAUGAGAGGAAUUUGAGCUGGGAUAUUUCAUAAUCUUAACAAAAAUCAAAUGAUUGCUGUUUGUUGGGGGAAUAUUGAAUGUGCUGGAGGGGAAAGCAUGUGCUAGUCAGAUGAAGAAAUGUAUCACAAGUGCAUCGAGGCUUGAUAUACACAGAUUAUUUAUUUGGUGUGCAGGAAAGAAGACGUACUUAAAACUCCAGACAGUUUCAUAAGAGCAAAUGUCAUAUCAUACUUUGUACUUUUGCACAGCUCUGUAAAUGAUUAUGUGCAAUCAAAUAGCAAUAACCACAAGCAAUGUUUACUUUAAAAAAAAGAGAAUAAGAAAAGAGAAUAAAGAAAAUUGUAUAAAAUCUUUUACAGUGGAUUUUACCCCCCUUUUCUAUGUUAAAACACAAAAAUAACACUUGCUCUCUGGAUAUCUUUUCCUGGAUUGAAAUAGUUAUUUGAAUACCAAUCAAGUAAGGACUGUGGAUUUUCAUAGUGGAUUCAUAUGUGUGUGUAUAUAUAUAUGAGUAAUUUUACAUUUGAAAUUAAUUUUGCAAUGGGUUUUCAUAGUAUAAUCCAGUUUGUUUUUGUGUGCCUUGAAAAUGUAGUCCUGGUUUUAGGGUUGUCUUCAUUUUUUACUGCUCUCUACUGACUAUAUUUGUAACUUAAUAUCUGGAGCACUAGCCAAGACUGUGUACUGCACAAUUACAAAAACUGUUGCAUUGAGACAACAAAUAUAUUUUUCAUAAUUACUGAUAAUUUCACCUAGCUCUCACACAUUUGAGGUAGAAAACAUGUUUGCUGUGAUUUUAAUUUUAUGUGAAAAUCCAGCAGUUGGUAUACAAUUUUUCCCUGUAUCACAGAUCAAAUUUUUGUAUUACACUAAAAUAGAAAUGUUAGGUUCUAGAACGGAUCUCACACUUACUAUAGUAAGUCACACUAGAACUGUCACAUAUGCUAUAAUUUAUUCAGCCUUCAGUUUAUGCUAUUAAAAUGUAACUUGUUGCAUUAAGAGUUUAACAUUGAUGAAAUCAAUCCACUAAAAGUAAUAGUCCCUGACAUAAUAACUAAGAUUAAUAGUUGCUGCCUAAGGGGUAAAGAGGUGUUUUCAGCAUGGCUGGAAAAGAAAUACAGAAAGAGACAAAUGCUUUAAAUCUGCACAAAAACAUAUUAAUACUAAAUGGUUGCAUCGAUUCAAAAUAUAUUCGGAAAGAAAAAGGAAUCCACACAUCUAGUCAAAUUGUAAAACCAAAGAAACAUGAGGCUUUCAGUCUAAGAUCCUAGAUCAAAUACAUUUUGCUUAAGAAUUACAGAAUCCAUUGUGUGUCGAGCCCUGUAUUGACCAAUCAGAAUCCAGGAUGCUAAAUAAAUUGUAUUAUGUCCAAUAAUGUGUUUAAUAUGUGAAAUAAAUACUAUUUAACACA